AUGGGAAAAUCCGCACCCGACGCCAAGGACAGAAUCCGCCACAACCCGUUGCACAAAGACAUCACGUCCUCAGGCGGCCGGCUCCGCGAACAGCCCCGCGGCGCCAAGCGGGCCGCCAGAGAGCUGCCCGAGGAGGGCUAUCUCGACGCGGCUACCUCGAGAAAAAUCUUGCAGCUCGCCAAGGAGCAGCAGGAGGAAAUGGACCGCGAGGAAAUGGUCGUGGAAGAAAGCGCCGCGCCCGUGUUUGCCGCCUCCGCCGCGUUGGACGACCAAGACGACUCCGACAGCGAGGAGUACUCGGACCUCGAGGGAGAGUUCUACGAGGAGGAGGAAAUCGCGGUCGACGAGAAGGACCAGGAGCUCUUCGACAAGUACUUCGGCACGGGCGCGCCGACCGUCAACUUGGCCGACAAGAUCCUCGCCAAGAUCCAGGAGAAGGAGCUGAGCAAGGGCCCCCACCAGCCGGCCAGCGAGCAGCAGCAGAACGCCGUGAAGUUGCCCCCCAAGGUCAUUGCCGCGUACGAGAAAAUCGGCUCCAUCUUGGCCACCUACAAGCACGGCAAGCUCCCCAAGUUGUUCAAGGUCUUGCCCACCUUGAAGAACUGGGAGGACGUGUUGUACGUGACCAACCCCCAGAGCUGGAGCUCGCACGCCACCUACGAGGCCACCAAGCUCUUCGUGUCGAACUUGCAGGCCAACCAGGCCCAGAAGUUCGUCGAGAACGUCUUGUUGGAGAAGUUCCGCGUGUCCAUCGAGGACAGCGAGACCCACAGUCUAGACUACCAUCUCUACCGCGCCAUCAAGAAAUCCCUCUACAAGCCUGGCGCGUUUUUCAAGGGCUUCUUGCUCCCUUUGGUCGACGGGCACUGCACGGUCAGAGAGGCCACGAUCGUCGCCUCGGUGUUGGCCAAGGUGUCUGUGCCUGUGUUGCACUCGUCCGUCGCGUUGGCUCAGUUGGUGCAGCGGGAGUUCAGGCCGGCGUCGACGGUGUUCAUCCGCGUCUUGAUCGAGAAGAAGUACGCGUUGCCGUACCAAACUUUGGACGAGCUCGUGUUCUACUUCAUGCGCUUCAGAAACGCGGCGCAGGCCGAGAUGUCCGACGGUAACGACGCCAGCAUGACGGAUUUGCCUGUGGUGUGGCACAAGGCCUUCUUGGCCUUUGCCCAGCGCUACAAGAACGACAUCACCGAUGACCAGAGAGACUUCUUGUUGGAAACCGUCAGACAGAGGUUCCAUCACGCCAUCGGCCCCGAGAUCCGCCGCGAGCUUCUCUCGGGAGUGCCCAGAAUGGAUGCGCCGCAGGCCAAGGAAGCCACUAUGGAAGAGGCGUUUUAA